CUAUCUAUCUAUCUAUCUAUCUAUAUCUCUUUCAGGUGUUCCAAACACACGCCGCAUGCUUCUCCUGCUUUCCCUUUUCUUGGCGCAGUUCACUGCGCGUUGGAGGGAACGUGACGUUACUGAUAGCAGGUGCUGUAGAUUUAGCAUGGCAGAACAACGUGGAUAUCUUUUCAGAAACCGGUUCUCCGGGAAGAUUCAGCACUUUUCUAUGGGACAGCUCCUCUGCCACCCGCUCUAUGCAUUUGAAACACUUUUCCAGUGUCCAGGAGAAUUUCACUUUGAAGUAACGUGCGCUCAAGAACGUGCAAAACCUCUUUGAAAACCACGCUUUUACCGGGAAUGUACUUGAAGUCAGUGCCAGGCAAGCGGUGACCACCGACUGCGGCACAUUGUGGAGUUUUCCAUUGGACCUUUCUCCCUUUCAAAGAGUGACAGAUGUAGUUUGGUGUGGAAUAUGACACAGAUGAAAACGUUGCCGAAGGAUAACUCAACAAUUUAUAGACGCUUUUGGUCAGUGUAUACCUGCAUGCACCAAUACCUUUGAUCAAACUUGUCGAUGGUGGAACCAAAGUGUGGCCAUGGACGAGGGAUAAUGGUGCAAAACACUGAUAGGCUUUAGUAUAUGUUUGUACUUUGACGAAUACUUCAGAGCACAAUGUCGGCGAAUUGGUCCAUCUUGCUGCCCACAGUCUCAUACGACAACACCUCCAUCCCUGUCUCCGGCUCCUCCUCCUUCUCUCCCAACUACUCCUCUCCAUCCCUCCUUCCCCCUCUGCAUGACUGGGAGGCCCCCACCUUCACCGUGGCGGCCCGCUUCCGCGUGGCGGCCACGGCGGUGCUCUUCGUCUUCGCCGCCAUCAGCAACCUGGCCGUGCUGCUCAGCGUGACCAAGGGCCGCGGCCGGCGGCUGGCCUCGCACCUGCGGCCGCUCAUCGCCAGCCUGGCCUCAGCCGACCUGGUCAUGACCUUCGUGGUGAUGCCAUUGGACGCCAUCUGGAACGUGACGGUGCAGUGGUACGCCGGCGACAUCAUGUGCAAGCUACUCUGCUUCCUAAAGCUCUUUGCUAUGCACUCGGCCGCCUUCAUCCUGGUGGUGGUCAGCCUGGACCGCCACCACGCCAUCCUGCACCCACUGGACUCCCUGGACGCAGGCAAACGCAACAAGAGGAUGCUGUUCGUCGCCUGGAGUCUGAGCGUGCUACUGGCCUCCCCACAGUUGUUCAUCUUCCGGGCGGUGAAGGCGGAGGGGGUGGACUUUGUCCAGUGUGUGACCCACGGAAGCUUCCAGCACCGCUGGCAGGAGACCGCCUACAAUAUGUUCCACUUCGUCACCCUCUAUGUCUUCCCCCUGCUCGUCAUGAGCUUCUGCUACACACGCAUCCUCAUCGAGAUCAACCGGCAGAUGCACAGAACCAAGACCACCAAAGGAGGAGAGCCUUGCCUGAGACGCAGCGGGACCGACAUGAUCCCCAAAGCGCGAAUGAAGACCUUGAAGAUGACGAUAAAGAUUGUAGCCACCUUUGUGGUGUGCUGGACCCCCUACUACCUGCUGGGGAUCUGGUACUGGUUCCAGCCACAGAUGCUCCAGGUCACCCCGGAGUAUGUGCACCACGCCCUCUUUGUCUUCGGCAACCUCAACACCUGCUGCGACCCAAUCAUCUACGGGUUCUACACCCCGUCGUUCCGCGCAGACCUGGCGCGCUGUUGGCGCAGGCGCCCCCAGAACACCUCACCCAAAUCUUUGGACCACCUCUCGGGUCGCAGGGGCGGGGCCAGCGGGGAUGCAGAGUCAGACCUCGCCAGUGGUGACCAGCCAAGUGGAAACAUGGCCUAAAAAUGGGAACAAAACGUCCUGUUUGGACGCCGGAAGUUCGGCUACAGGACGUGACUAAAGAUAUGGAGACAUAUGACCAGUGUUGGACCAGUGUGGGACAUUCUACACCAUGAAAUGCCUUUUAGCGUAUCCUGUCUUUGGGUGUACUGUCCUACUUGAGUAGGCCUGCAACCUAUUCAUGUUAUUUCUCAUGCUGUGACAGUAUGGACAAUUCCGUUGCACUUCAUGUGUAUUUUGCUUCUGACUUGGAGCAGUAAAGAAGUCUCUCAUACCACAGGGCCUUCAAGAUCACCUUACCUCAGUACUAUAGUGAAUGAAUAAUCACUGAUGGUCGUAAAGUUGCUUGGGUUCCAAUUCCUACCUUUCAUGCUGUCCCAGUGGUGACUUGGAAAUGAGUGAACCUGAAAUGCCAACAUCAAACAUCAGUCUCCAGUUGCCCAUUUUUCAGAUUCCAGUCGUUAAGGAAAUUGAAAGUAGAUGGCACACAGAGCUCUGGGCUGGUUUCCAUGUUACUAAAAAUCUCCGAAGGAAAACGAAAUGAAUACCCUAUUUGACACUCCUCAGAGAAUCUUCCACAGUCUAGACGCAUGAGACAACAAUCUGUAGGAUAGCACCAUAGAGGUUGGGCCAAUCACAAUUUGUUGUUUGUUACCUUUUAGGAUGUAACUUAUUAUAGUGUAGACCAUCUCAUAAUAGACAUGUUUAUCUGUAAAACAAUGACAAGUAAGUAUCUCUCGUCAUCGAGUGUUCAUGUUUUAAAGUGGUAUUUAAAGCAUUCAGGUACUUACUUGCCAACUGAGCAUAUGCAGUCUGAUAUCAGCUCUUGGUAUACAGGCCGGUGAAAUCAUUUCGAAGUACUUGAUGUUGAACUUGUUCUGACCCAGUGGUUUGUGCAGUGUGUCCAGCUAAAUGUGUUCAACUGUGUAAAAAUGAUAUGCAUGGCUUUGGCCGAAACCGUGUUUUUAACCUAUGGUGUGAAAUGUGUGAAAUUGCAGUCUUUAGUGGCUUUGGGUCAUAUCUGUGGGUAUCUCUGAAUGUAACUGCCAUGUUGUAGUAAUAUAUAUGACAGAACAACUACAAAUGUGUUGGUUAUUGUGUCAUUUAUUCUAUCCAAAAAAGGAAUUGGAGUUUGAUGGCACACUAUACAGACAUCAUUGUUGCUAAAACAUCAUAGAUUUCAAUAAAAAAAAGCGAGAAACAAAUUA